AUGCGCACGGAUAAUGCCCGUGCCCCUACUCUCAGCGACAUGAAAAUUGGGUCUGAUCUCAAUCGAAACGUCGUUUAUCCGAGUUUAUACUUUGGUACAGACGAUAUAAGUAAACAAACCUCUGUAGAGAUAAAGGAAUUGAGAUCUGACGAGGAUUCUGAUAACGAACAACCCGACGUCAAUCACAGUCACGUGUGGUGUUACAAUGACGAGGAACAAGAGAGUAAUUAUAAAAUAAACAAAGAAGCUAGAGAAAGGAGACGCCAUAUCCAAAAUGAAAACAAUGAUAUAUAUAAUGAAUUAUUCGAUCAAAUGUGUACGGAAUUUUAUGGUAUCGACUGCCAUACUUCAUUUGAUGGUGCAAAGAUCGAUCAAGAUCAACGUUUCACUAUAAUCAACAACAAUCCGCCAUAUGACACCUCGUCUGAUGAAGAUUACGUGCUGGAAAAUGAUGAUACCUUCAAUAUAAACGAUAUUAAAAAUGACAAAUACUGUGCAGACGAUCUGGUUCAAUACAGCAACGGCUUCAGAGAGAAACGGACUAUCUGGAUAUUUUCAGAGAAAAAUAGAAGAGCAUUAAGUGGACCUGAUUAUGGAUUGAUAAAUAUUAAUGAUAUAGAUUCAAGUAGUACAGUUACUGAGGAUGAAGAACCUACGAGAGAUGUUAGCGUGGGCAGCGUACGUAGACUCGCUACCCCCAUACCUACUUACAUACCUAAACUAUGUUUACCGCUAAGUCCUACUUUACCAACGGUUACUGAAGUAGUGGAAACUAACAACAAAUCCUCAUCCAACGUUAGUGAGACUUAUAACAAAACAGCCACACCACAAAUGCCGAGAAACAAUUGGGUUCAAGAAAUGGAAACUACCAACAAUGAGACCGAACAAGAGUGUACAUCAAAUAAUAGCCAAAUAAUGCCUAACAAUACUCUGACACCCAGAGAAAAGAGACGGCUUAAGAAUAAUAUAGACAAUAAGACGUUUACGAUAAACGAAAUUAUCGAAGUACCGAUAGUUUCUAGCAGCUUAGAAACUGAUGUCACUAAUCCGGAUGUCACAGAAAAAGUAAUAAAAAUAUCAGAAUUAAACGAACCGAACGUAGAGAAAAUUACGAAAGACGACGUAGAUUCUAAAAGCUCGUUGGAGGAAAUGCCGAAUUAUCUUCAGAAACCACAGAUAAAAGUAAACAAACCUAAACCGCAUUUAGAGAUUAUAACUGAACCGUUAGAAAAACCGGACGGCAAUUGGAUAGGUGACGGAACGGAGAAAACAUCGGAAAUUUACGAAUAUGACAAAGAAAUGACAUCUGUGAACAAAGUGACAGCUAAUGACGUUGACAGUAAUAAAAGUGUCGCCAACAAAUUCUCCGUAGCAAAUAUGCCGCUCAUGAAACCCGCGGCGUGGACGCAAUACUUACCAAUAACUGGAAGCGUUCCCUCCCUACAUCUAUCAUUCGAAACCAACUACGAAUCAGAGACUAAAUCCUGCUUGAAAAGAUUCUUCAAAUACGUGAACUGCUGUAGAAAAUAA